AUGGUCAAAUAUUUGGACGUGGAGAACGUCAGGCUGCUCGACAGAGUGUUUCCCAGAAAGAGGAGGGUGGGCACCCUCUACCUGACGGCCACACACACCAUCUUUGUAGAGAAUGAGGCUGGUGUGCGAAAUGAAACAUGGGUGCUUCACAGUUUGGUGUGCAGUGUGGAGAAACAAGCUGCUGCAGCCUCCGGAUGUCCUCUGCUCAUUCACUGUAAGAACUUCCAGGUUCUUCAUUUUGUCAUUCCUGGAGAGCGAGAAUGCCACGACGUUCACCUGUCCCUGCAGCGUCUCUCCCAGCCAGGAGGUUUUGCUCAUCAGACUUUAGCAGUGUUGUGCCUUGCAGAGAGUUACAUGGAGCUGUAUUGCUUCUCAUAUAAGCCUAACGUUGAUGAGGAGAACAGACGGCAGGAGUGGGACUUCUUGGACCUCCAGGCUGAUUACAGCCGAAUGGGACUCCCAAACUCUCUGUGGAAACUUUCCCCCAUCAACCAACACUACAAGGUGAGUGACACUUACCCUGCUGACCUGUUCGUACCUGAGUCAGCCAUGCCUCCAGUUAUAGUAGGGAGCUCCAAGUUCAGAAGCAGAGGCAGAUUCCCUACUCUUUCGUACUACUACAAAGAAAAUCAUGCCGCCAUCUGCCGUAGCAGCCAGCCCCUGUCAGGUUUCAGCGCUCGCUGCCUGGAGGAUGAACAGAUGCUGCAGGCCAUCUUGAGGUCCAAUCCCAGCAGUGACUUCAUGUAUGUGGUGGACACCAGGCCUAAGCUGAAUGCGAUCGCAAACCGAGCUGCAGGAAAAGGCUACGAAAAUGAAGACAACUACUCCAACAUUAAGUUCCGGUUCAUCGGCAUAGAGAACAUCCAUGUUAUGAGAAAUAGCCAACAAAAAAUGCUGGAAGUGUGUGAGCCACGGUCCCCCUCCAUGUCUAACUUCCUGGAGGGUCUGGAGAGCUCAGGCUGGCUGAAGCACAUCAAAGCUGUUUUGGAUGCAGGCAACUUCAUUGCCAAGGCUGUUGCAGAAGAGGGUGUCAGUAUGCUGGUUCACUGCUCAGAUGGUUGGGACCGUACUGCCCAGGUGUGCUCAGUGGCCUGUGUGCUGCUGGAUCCCUACUACAGGACCCUCAGAGGACUCAUGGUUCUCAUUGAGAAAGAGUGGGUCUCAUUUGGACACAAGUUCUCUCACAGAUGCAACCACCUGGUUGGAGACCCUAAAGAGGCGUCUCCCAUCAUCGACCAGUUCCUGGAGUGUGUGUGGCAGCUGAUGGAGCAGUUCCCCUGUGCCUUUGAGUUCAGCGAGAGGUUCCUCAUCACCAUUCACAGCCACAUCUACUCCUGCCAGUAUGGCAACUUCAUUGGCAACAACCAGCGGGAGAGGAUAGAGCUGGGAGUGCGCGAGAAGACUCACUCUUUGUGGAGUUAUCUAUGGAUGAACCGUGCAGACUACAUCAAUCCUCUGUACAGGCCAGACCACAGCCAGACUCGGGGGCUCCUCCAACUGUCUACUGCCCCCUACUGUUUUAAAUUUUGGAGCGGGCUGUACAACCACUUUGACCGAGGGAUACAUCCUCGACAGUCUGCGGAGGACUGCCUGAGGGCCAUCCAAGAGGAGACGCAGCAGCUGGAGGAGCAGCUGGCUUCACACAAACAGAAAAUUGCUCAGCUAGAGCAUGAGCAGGAGUGGAGUGUCACUCAGAAAUCGACCACCUUUGAUAAAAGCCCCACAGCAUGGACUCUCAAUAAUGGCCUCAAUUUGGCCAACACCCCUCAGGACUACACCGGUGGCUCCAUCACCAGCAGCCCCUGUCAGCUAAAAGUGUUGGACAGCAGCCUGCUCCUCCUGCCGCAAGACUUGAACCAAACCUCUGACUCCAACCUCUCCAAUGGCAGUGACCAGGAGUCGGGGAUCGCAGACCUGAGCUGUCGUUCCCCUCUCAGCGAGGAUAGCAUCCGGGAUCCAGACUCGGAUGAGGCUGUCUACAUUGCUGCCUGAACAAACAUAGCAUGUGGUGGAAGCUUCAGCAGCUGCACAGCCACUGAACAAAUAUUUCAUGCAUCAAGUAACUUGGCUACUGACUGUAGCUCCGGUGAACAGUCUUCAGGUUAAACGGUUUACCUACACUUUUGCUUGCAUGUGGUGCGGUGACAGCUGAUUUGGCCCACAACACUGUACACAGACAGACAAAAACUAAUGCCACAAUAACCUGUUUAAUAUUGGAAACCUUUAACUACAUUUCUAUUGAGACCUGGUGAUGUAAACACCUUAAGUAAAAAGACUUAACAGUCUAAUCAUGGGUACAAACAAUGCUACACUACAGGUUUAACCUCAGCUAGCUCUAAAAAGAAAAAGAUUUAACAAGUCCUGCUGCGAUAUGCCAGUUUUCAGAGCCAUAUGAAACAACAGUAGAGCUCCAAAGAGAUUUUUUUGCUGCAUUAAUCUUUCAAAUUAUUUAAUAUAUAAAGGGAGAAAUGGAAACAAAACAAGAUGAAAGAAAAACAAAUGGACAAACUACAGGGAUAAAACAGCUGAAUCAUAUUGAAGCUUCUCAAGAAUAUGACCGAACAUGCACAUGGUGCUAACUGGCGUUCAGAAUGACUGUAGCAUUGUUUGCAAUAAAAUGAUUUGAUAAUUUAGUCUACUAUCUGUUUUUAAUGCUGCUGCACCUCAUGGUCACUGCUACUCCCAGGCCAGCUGGUUUCAGGACUGUAGUUUGGCCUGAAAGAAGAGCAGCAAUCCCAUUCUACCCAAGACCUAGUUCCAACAGCAAUGUAGUGGCAUUUGAACCUCACAGGACAUGAUAAGACUGAGCUGAACUCACCCUGCACAGCACAGUGGCCUCGGCUGGCUUUGGAGUCAUUACGCUACAAUAAUCAGUGGUUUAUUCUAAUCUAAUCUAAUUGUGGUUAAUUGGAAGCUUGUGGUCCACACCUGAGAAUUUCAACUUGUCAGGUGAUUUUACAUGACAUUAAUACUACAGGAUGUGAAAAAUAAGCUGUGAAAUUUUACAAGGCAAUGUCAUACAUUUCUGUCCAAAAUAUUUCAACACCAGAUUUGUUGUGCUCAAACCAAAAGUUAUAAAUGAAUGCACAGAGUAAAUAAGGCUAAAGAACCAGCUGAGCAAAUAUACUGCUGGUUUGGUCAGCAUAAAAUUAACUUUUAAAAAAAAUGUAUUUGUGUCCUUUUAAUUGUAAGAUUAGCACCCAAACUGCUCACCUUAACAGUGUGGUACACAUUAUUGUAGGUGCACUGCGGUACAAAUGAACAAUGUAGAUUAUCAAGCAAAGCAUGUGAAGAUAUUUUUGUACUUUGACUUUUUUUGACUACUGUAAUCUUGCUUUCAUGCAUGGUUUUUAUUUGUAUUGUGUUUUAAAAUGUCUGGUCAUAAUGAAUUUUGACCUUGUAUGAAAGAAAGAGCUUUAUAUUGCUGCAUUUAUUUGCUGGGGUGAAAUAAGAGGCAGAUUCAUCAAGAUGAUCUAAAUGCACUGUUGUCAAUUGUGUCAUUUAUCUGUGAAAUA